AUGGAGUCAAAGGCAUUGCUUGUUAUCUUCGUCCUGGCCACCUUAGCAUUCGCCAUGGUGGCCGAGGCAACGAAAAUCCACGAAUUCUCAAGGCUUACUUCCCCUGGGGACUAUGAUCUGCUCGUUGAUGACAACGAGUUCUUGAUGAACUCGGAGACAACUCGUCGGACACUGGCACAGGCACGGUACAUAAGCUAUUCUGCUCUUAGGGCUAACCAAAUCCCAUGCGGUCAACGUGGACGUUCUUACUAUGAUUGCAAUAAGAGACAAAGGGCCAACCCCUACCGUCGCGGUUGCAGUCGCAUCACAAAAUGCCAAAGAACCAUGGAUUGA